CUGGUCGCGAAAGCCACUCGGCCGCACGCGCACCGCGAGAUGCACUGACUGGAAGACGCGGGGCGGGGGGAUAUCUGACUUUAGGCUGCUCGGCAUGCCGCGGACGGCGAUGGUGGAGUGAUUUGUUUUCUUUUUCACGAAGUUUAAUUGUUUUCUUCCGGGGAAGAAGCGAAUGCCAGGUGGGAAAUGACUAGCAGGAUGGAGGGUUCGGUGGGACCCGUUGUCAAGGCCAACGGGCCCAUCUCGGCGCCCGACAGCCCCGUGAGCUCCGGCAUAGGCCCGCCUCCGUUCCCGGAGGGAGUGCCGCAGUCGCCUCUGACGGACAUCACCCAAAUGUGGAUGAAGUUCGGCAAAACCUUCGCCGUCAUCCUCCCCAUCUACAUCUUGGGAUACUUUGAGUUCAGCUUCAGCUGGGUCCUGAUCGGACUCGCCGCGUUGUUCUACUGGAGGAAGAACCACGGCGGCACGGACAACAGGAUAAACCGCGCCAUGGCGUUCCUGGAGCACGAGGAGAAAGUGACGAAGCACAGCGUGCCCAUGUCCGAGCUGCCGCCGUGGGUCAAUUAUCCAGAUGUGGAAAGAGUGGAGUGGCUGAACAAGACGGUGAAGCAGAUGUGGCCGUUCAUCUGUCAGUUUGUGGACAAGCUGUUCAGAGAGACCAUCGAGCCGGCGGUGCAGACCGCCAACCCGUAUCUCAGCUCCUUCUGCUUCUCCAAGAUCGACAUGGGCGACAAGCCGCUGAGAAUAAACGGGGUGAAGGUGUACACGGAGAACGUGGACAAGAGGCAGAUCAUCAUGGACCUGCAGAUCAGUUUCGUCGGGAACACCGAGAUCGACGUGGACAUAAAGAAAUUCUACUGCAGAGCUGGAAUCAAAAGUAUACAGCUUCAGGGGACGGUGCGCGUGGUGAUGGAGCCUCUGCUGGGGGACAUGCCUCUGAUCGGAGCCCUGUCCGUCUUCUUCGUCCAGAAACCGUUCCUGGACAUCAAUUGGACGGGACUCACCAACAUGCUGGACAUUCCUGGUAUCAAUGGAUUGUUUGACACCAUCGUCCAGGACAUCAUCUCCAGCCAGAUGGUUCUGCCCAACCGCAUCACUAUCCCUCUGGUCGAAGAGAGCCAGCUGGCCCAGCUCCGCUUCCCCAUGCCCAAGGGCAUCCUGAGGAUCCACUUCAUCGAGGCCCAGGACCUGCUGGGCAAAGACAAGUUCCUCGGGGGGCUCAUCAAGGGCAAGUCGGACCCCUACGGGUUCAUCAAGAUCGGGACCCAUGUCUUCCAGAGCAAAGUCAUCCACGAUACCGUCAACCCCAAGUGGAAUGAGGUGUACGAGGCCUUGAUCUACGCGAACACGUCUCCCAACCUGGAGAUCGAGCUGUUUGACGAAGACACCGAUAAAGACGACUUCCUGGGAAGCCUGGGGAUCGACUUGGCGGAGCUCCAGAAGGAGCAGAAGGUCGAUGAGUGGUUCGUGAUCGAGGACGUGGCGACGGGGAAGCUGCACCUCAAACUGGAGUGGCUGUCUCUGCUGUCCACACCGGAGAAGCUGGACCAGGUUCUGGCGUCCGUCAAAGCCGAGCGCGGUCAAGCCAACGACGGCCUAUCGUCCGCGCUGCUCGUCAUCUUCCUCGAUUCAGCCAGAAACCUGCCGAGCGUCUUCGAGGGGAACUUGGGCUCUGGCUACUUAAAAGAGAGGCGGGCGGCGGGCCUCGUGUUCUGCGAGAACACCGCCUCUCUCUAUAGGACCUUAUUUUCUGGUAAAAAGUUGACCAGCGAUCCCAGUCCACAGGUCCAUUUCACGGUGGGACACAAGUUCUUCGAGAGCAAGACCAGAUAUAAGACCAAUGAGCCGGUGUGGGAGGAGACCUUCACCUUCCUCAUCCACAACCCCAAAAGCCAAGAGCUGCAGGUCGAGGUGAAGGACGAGAAGCACGAGUGCUCGUUGGGCACGCUGACGGUCCCUCUGAGCCGCCUGCUGGAGGCGGAGGACAUGACGCUGAACCAGCGCUUCCCGCUCAGGAACUCCGGACCCAACUGCACCCUCAAGAUGAAGAUGGCUCUGCGGGUGCUGUGUUUCGACUCUUCCCCGUCCUCCGCGCAGGUCAACAAGAACCGCCCCGCCAACCCCAACGCGCGGCCCUCCUCGGAGUCGCCCGCGCCCCCCGCCUUCGCCCACGACCCCGCCCGCUCCUCCUCCUCGUCGGCCCAGGACAUUCUGAACCGGCGCAGGGAGGCCGAGCAGAGGCCUCCGGGGAGCAGCGACUUGGGGCCGGGUGGAGGAAGAGGAGGAGGAGCGGGAGGCAGAGGCCUCGGGGACAGCGGGAGGAGCACCUCCAACCUGACCAUCUCCGGCUCCCAGCAGCACCUGGCCGGAGGCAAGGAGCCGACGCCGAGCAUCGCCUCCGACAUCUCCAACCCCUGCGCCGCUCAGGAGCUGCAGCAGAGACUCCAGCAGCUGCAAAACGGUUCGGGUCCCAAUCAUUUCCCGCUGGGUGAGGUCCAGCUGACGGUCCGUCACAGCUCCCAGAGGAACAAGCUCAUCGUGGUCGUCCACGGCUGCAGAAACCUGAUCACGUUCUCGGACCACGGCUCGGACCCGUACGUCCGCCUCUACCUGCUCCCGGACAAGCGGCGGUCGGGCAGGAGGAAAACUCACACGUUCAAGAAGACCCUCAACCCGGUGUACGAUCAGACGUUCGAGUUCAGCAUUUCCCUCGUGGAGCUCCACAGGCGGACGCUGGACGUGGCGGUGAAGAACGGCGGGGGUCUGCUCUCCAAACACAAGGGCCUUCUGGGAAAGGUUCUGGUGGAUCUGACCCACGAGGACACCGGCAAGGGCUGGACGCAAUGGUAUGAGCUGAGUGAAGACGGCCUGACGAUGCCUCACCAACUGUAGACGGGAACCGUAUCUUCAUCUUCAUCUUCAUCGUCAUAUCUCUUCCACUUAAGCCUGUGUUAAGGAAACAGAACAGCAGCUUUGACAUUCAUCUAAUCACGUCAGUCGCAAGGCCAACCUCCCCUUUAAGAAGUGAAAGGCUGAGAGACUAAAGGGAGCGUAGAAUACUAUAUAAACAUAAAGAACUGCUGUGGAAGUCUAUAUUCCAUAUUUAUAGGAGAAACUAUAACAGCUGUAGAGGAAGACAAUCUAUUUUUUUCCUUCUUGUUUUUGCCGAGAACGACGAUGUACAAGUUUGUAAAUAUAAACGGUGAUGCAGGAGAUAAUAGAGAGAGAGAGAGGGAGAGAGAGAGAUCGAAGGGUGCAGGUUCUCUUAUUAGGCCAAAGGAUUGUUUGUCAUUUUAUUGUAUUUGAUUUUUUUUUAAAUGAAAAAUAUGUACGUUUGUGAGGCGCAGCAGGCCGGCGGUCGCAACCAAAGAGACGAGAAGUAUUCCCCCCCCCCACGCCGCCGCCAGGGUUUUAUGGUAACCCAGCUUCACACUGGUUUUUAUUCCACUGUAAUAACAUGUGUAAUAACCAAGAUAUCAUCAAAUGUUAAUGAAUGUUUAUUUAGUUCUGUUCCAUCGCUUAGUGAAACCGGUUUGCAUUUUUUAACUGAAUAUUUGCACGCCCGUCUUUUAAAUCUUUAAUCUCUUAGUUGCAGUUUAAACAUUGCUUAAAUUUCUUGCCGACAUAUUAUUUUAAUAUAAUUCAUCAUAUCAAACUGUAUGUAAAAUGAUCAACCAUGUUUUUUUAAAAUGUAGGUAUCUACAGCCACAAUGAAUAGAAGUUAAUGGUCCUCUUUGGCGCCCCCUAGUGGUAACAUCACAAAAGGACAUGUGCCAACCAUAAUACUAAAAUAAUAAUGUAUAUUUACACAUACAAGUUGUAUCGAACUCGCCAUUCUGAUGCGAUUAAGUUUUUUAAAUAACGCGACAGUUCCUCACAAUUUUUUUUCACAUUAGAAGACUUAAAAGUUUAAAUAAAUAAAGUAGUUAAAUAAUUGCACAUUUGGUCUCCAGGGCUUUUUCGUUUAUUUGAUAACGCAAUAAUUUGCGCGACAAUCAUGUAGAGUCUUUAAAAACUUUUUUAUGAAUCAACUAUAAGUCUUAACUUGUUUUUACAUUUUUUUUAAUGUUUUGUGUACAUGCCUCAUAUUCAACAUACGCUUUGACUUUGCAGCACCCGAAAAAAAGAAGAAAAAAAACCCAAUUAUACGUCAAACUACUUCUAAAAACUGUAAUAAAUGUCACGGCCAAAGAGCAGCGGUCCCGUGUCGAUGACGCAAAGGAGGCCAGCGUGACCUUUGACCCUUCAGAAACACGCAUGUGGACUUCUCGCCUCGCCGUGUAGUAUUUCACACAUUCUGUACGUUGAACUGUGCCGUGUGUUUUUUUAAUCGUGUUUUCGCAGCUCCCCGCGUUUCUUUUUGUGACGCUCAAACUUGUUUGUCUGAAGGCGGCUUGUUUGUUUUCUUUACUUUAAUCUUGUGCCUUACGAUUCACGCGAGCCGGAGGCCUUCGCUUGUGUACCGAGAGAAGUGUCCACAUUUCCGCCUGUAAAUGUCUUUUAAAACACAAUAAAGAGCUCCAGCAGCGUUAAAAGCUU